UGGUGUGCUUUUGCCAUCACAUAUUCAUGGCAUCUCUCUCUAGAAAUAUUGCAAGACAAGGUCGUCGGUUUUGACCAUGACCUGGUCUUCUUUUGUUCCCUCUUUGCUUAAAUAUAUAUGUUCUGCAUAUUGUUCAACUGCUCCAAACCUCCCUGCUUCUUCACGUCUUUCCCAGCGCAUCUCCUUCCCAAGCAAGAUCAUGGCUCUCUGCAGCUCCCACUCAUCAUCUCUAGUACUCCGAAUUCCGCAGAUCCCUUCUCUCAUCCUCCGAGUUUCCAUCUCGAUUAUCUUCCUUACCACCCAAGCAACUUCAGUCUCCUUCAGCUUCCCCAGCUUCAGCCAAAACACCCAAAACCUUACAAAGGAGAAUGACACGUUCCUGACAAGUACGACCCUUGAGCUCACCACCAACUCGGCAAACGAUGACCUGACGGGCAGUGCAGGUCGAGCCUCUUAUGACAAACCCAUCAGGCUGUGGGAUUUAAAGACGGGGCAGCUCUCGGACUUCACCACUCACUUCUCCUUCCGCAUAAAGGCUGUGGAUCAGAACAAUAACGGGGAUGGGAUUGCUUUCUACCUCGCGCCAUUCGAAUCGGUUGUCCCAGUCAACUCAAGCGGUGGGUUUCUCGCAUUAUUUAACCCAGAUUUAGCUUUCAAUACCUCGGCAAAUCAGAUUGUUGCCGUUGAGUUUGAUAGCUUUCAAAAUCGUUGGGAUCCAAGCCCUGAUCAUGUAGGCAUCAAUGUGAACUCCAUUGUUUCCGUGGCAAACGUCUCGUGGAGGUCCAGCAUUAAGAACGGGUCAUCUAUUGCAAAUGCGUGGAUAAGUUACAAUGCCACGACUUUCAAUCUGAGUGUUUUUCUUACCUAUGCAAGCAAUCCGAUUUAUAGUGGGAAUUCAAGUCUCUCGUAUAAAAUAGACCUGAGGAAAUGUUUACCAGAAACAGUUAGAGUUGGUUUCUCUGCUUCAACAGGUCUAUUUGCUGAAACUCAUAGCAUUCUUUCUUGGUCAUUUAAUUCAAGCUUGGAAGAGGCUGCUGCUGUUGGUAAACCUCGAAAGCGAACCAGCAUAGUGGUUGCUGUUGCUGUAGUGGCAGGGCUUGGUCUUUUAAGUGGCGUAUCUGGAAUUGUUUGGUUCAUCUAUUGGAGAAAGAUCAGGUCAAGGCGUGGGCAAGGAGAUGCUACAGUCGAUCUCUCAAUGGAUGAUGAGUUUGAAAAUGGCACUGGGCCGAAACGUUUCACGUACCAUGAUCUUAGCCGUGCCACAAAUGACUUCGCCGAAGGAGGGAAGCUGGGGGAGGGAGGAUUUGGAGGUGUCUACAAGGGAUUACUGAGUGAUACCAAUAUGGAGAUCGCCGUGAAGAGGGUCUCGAGAGGGUCCAAGCAAGGGAAGAAGGAGUACGUGUCCGAAGUGAAGAUCAUCAGUCGUCUGAGGCACAGGAACUUGGUGCAACUCAUUGGUUGGUCUCACGAGAAAGGGGAAUUACUCCUCGUGUACGAGUUCUUGCCCAAUGGAAGUCUCGACACCCAUCUCUUUGGCGGAAAGGAUGUGCUCAGUUGGACUAUCCGGUAUAAGAUAACCCUUGGCUUGGCAUCUGCUUUGCUCUACCUGCACGAAGAGUGGGAACAGUGUGUCGUUCACAGGGACAUCAAGUCGAGCAAUAUUAUGCUGGAUACCAAUUUCAAUGCAAAGCUUGGAGAUUUCGGGCUCGCCCGGCUCGUGGAUCACGACCAAGGUUCUCAAACGACUGUCCUCGCAGGCACAAUGGGCUACCUAGCCCCAGAAUGUGUAACAACUGGCAAGGCUAGCAAGGAAUCUGAUGUGUACAGCUUUGGAGUAGUUGCCCUAGAGAUCGCUUGCGGCCGAAGGCCUGUCGAUCCGAGAGCCAGUGACCCAAGCCAGGUAAGGUUGGUGGAGUGGGUUUGGGACCUCUAUGGGAAAGGUGAGCUUCUCAAUGCCGCUGACAGGUUACUAAAUAUGGAGUAUGAUGAGAGACAAAUCGAGUGCCUCAUGGUGGUUGGGCUGUGGUGCUGCCAUCCGGAUCACAACCUCCGCCCGUCGGUACGACAAGUGCUAAAUGUCCUCAACUUUGAAGCUCCACUUCCUAGCCUUCCAUCAAAGUUGCCUGUUCCAACGUAUUAUGCACCUCCUAUGGACUUACACAUGUUUUCGUAUAGAUCUUCUGGCCUCUUAGACACAGAUGGUAAUCAAACGCAACCUUCUUCAGGGACCGGCACGACGUAUACAUCGAGCACAGCCGAUGUUUCUCCCUCAAAAGCUCUUUUAAGCUGAAUAGCUCCAAUUUAUUGUAUAGUUCAGGAUACCAAGGCACACAUUCUGUUAACAUUUUUUAGAGAAAGUAGCGUUCAUAUUCACCCAUCAAUCCAAACAAAGAUUGAUAUAAUUUUUCUCAAUAAAUAUUGAAAAUUCCAUC